UCAUUCGUGCUUUGCCGUUGCAAGAGGUCGGACGUAUUUCGCGGUGCGUCGCCCACAUAGAGAGCAGAGAGAAAAAACGAAGCCGCACACUCCAUUUUGAAUUUUUCACCACGUUGGCUGGUGCGGUGCGUGGAAAAAGUGAGAUUUCUUCGCCGGAAACGCUCGGAAAGUGUGUCAAAUUGCUACAAAGUGAGCUUGCACCUGGAGUAAACAGCGAUGGUCGGGUCGAGAGUGUACGUCGGUGGACUGCCGUACGGUGUCCGCGAGCGCGACCUGGAGCGCUUCUUCAAGGGCUACGGAAGGACGCGCGACAUUCUGAUCAAGAACGGAUACGGGUUUGUGGAAUUUGAAGACUACCGCGACGCAGACGACGCCGUCUACGAACUCAACGGGAAAGAGCUGCUAGGGGAACGAGUGGUCGUUGAACCUGCCCGCGGGACGGCACGUGGGCCCGGCGGCCGGCGCGAGUAUGACCGCGGUGGCGAUCGGUACGGCGAUCGCGGACGGGGCGGCGGUGGCCGCUAUGACAAGAACAGCUCCCGCUACGGACCACCCCUGCGGACCGAGUACCGCCUGAUUGUGGAGAAUCUGUCGUCGCGCGUUAGCUGGCAGGACCUGAAGGACUACAUGCGCCAAGCCGGAGAGGUCACCUACGCCGAUGCCCACAAGCAGCGCAAGAAUGAGGGGACCCGCGGGCGCCAUUCACCGCAAUACUACGGUGUCGUCGAGUUCGCGACCAGUUCGGACAUGAAGACCGCCAUCGAGAAGCUGGACGAUACGGAGCUGAACGGACGUCGCAUCCGGCUGGUGGAGGACCGCGGUGGACGCAACGGUGGCAGCAGCGGAGGCCGCAACGGACGGGGCCGCUCUCGGUCGUCCAGCAGCCGUUCGCGGUCCCGCUCGAGGCGCCGCUCCAGCCGUAGCAGAUCUCGGUCGCGUCGCUCCAGCCGCAGCCGGUCCAAGUCCCGUAGCCGGUCCAAAUCGCGCAGUGCCAGCGUCGCCUCCAAGCGGUCCCGAUCCCGCUCCAACAAAUCCCGCGAGCGCGACUCCAAGUCCAAGUCGCGAUCCCGCUCCGUCGAGCGCGACCGCAGCCGAAGCCGGUCCAAGUCCAAGGACGCCAAGUCACGCAGCCGCAGCCCCCGCUCCCGGUCGCGCUCCAAGUCCAAGGAUAACAAAUCCCGCAGCCGCUCGCGGUCGGCGCACUCGCGUUCCCGCUCCCGGGGAGGCUCCCGUGGUGGGUCGCGCGGCGGUUCCCGCGACCGGUCACGCUCGCCGGCAGACAAACGGGACGGAAAAUCCCGGUCGGCGUCGCCCAAGAACAACGACCACUCGCCCGAGCGCAACGAAAGCAUGGACGACUAGGCGGAACUUGGUGGUGCCGCUGGGACAUUUUAGAAUUAAACCUGAUACAACAACAACAACAAACAAGCAAAAAACAAACUCACACUCAGCUAACACACGAGUUGGGGGUGUUGCUCUGAUUUUCGCGAGAGGAGGAGCAUUUUUUUGUUUUCUUUUAUGUAGAUUACACAAAAUACAUACAAUUAAAGGUUAGGUUUUAAGCUACGAUUACGAUUGGGUUGUUUUCACACACACACAAAAAGCGCGAAACGGAUCGUAAUUUUCUCGGUUUAUAAAUUGAUACAACACACACACACUUAAAAACAGUAAGGUUUCACACUAUCUUCUUUUUUAUUUUCUGUAAGGAAAUUGCGCGUAAGGCGUGAAAGCAAAACUAUAAAAAACAUAAAAUUAGGAAUACUUUUAAUAUCAAUUGUUAAAAGAAACACAAGUCAUGGAAAGAGCGAUAGGGGAAAAGAAAAGGAAAGAAGCUAGGUAAGCCCAAAUCUUCGUGUAGACACUGUGUGUUGGUGAGUGUGAAUGGAAUUAAGUUAUGGAUCUCUCGCUGAAGGAAGAUGGAAGUAAGGACACACAAUGAAUAAAACCACAAACAAUACUUGCGUAUUAAUUUCACGUCUUCUCGUCUUUGAUACUUGAUUAAACAAUAAUGAUAAAACACAUCCUAUUCGAUUGUACCUCUUGUUUAGGUGUGAAACGUUCCGUAACGCCACUUUGGACUGUACUUCUGGUAGUUGAGUGUAGUGAGAGAUGUAGAGAGUUGAAUAAAGGAAGCUCGAUUAAGAUUA